AUGCGACGCAGCUACCUAGUCUGGUCUUGGCUCCUCUCACCAGUCUGCCAUGCAUCUCCCCACGAAUUUCUUCAAGAAGUACCUGGCGACUAUGUGCGGCUGGGAGCUGCACCGCAAGAUCAACUCCUGUCACUGAGAUUCUAUCUCGCGGAGCUAGACAAGCCAUAUCUCAAAGUGGCCGAGGAGGUCUCGAACCCCGAUUCUGAGCAGUACGGCCAGUACUUGGACGCACAUGAGCUGCGAAGCAUCUUGCCCGACAUGAGCCUUGCUUCCAGCAAAGUGACACGCUGGCUUGAAGACGAGGGUUUAUCCAACCAUACCACAAACCCCGAACGAAUCGACGUCACAGCAGCAGUUGCUGACUGGGAUCGCGUCCUAAAUACUACGUUUCUCCAAUUUCGACACAGGGCUACUGGCCGUACUGUGGUUCGUACUACUGAGUACAGUGUCCCAGCCACGCAAAAAGAAGCAAUCGACUACAUUUAUCCCACGGUGCAAUUUUUUCGAUUAUCGACCAAUCCCGCAAAAGUGCUCAAGAGACAGCACAUACCCACCGGACCCAGCAACUGCUCAAACAGCGUUUGUCCAGCUCAACUGCGAACAAAGUACAACAUCAAUUACGGUCCCCCUGACGGAUUCCUGAACAACUUUCCCAACGUCACGGAUGUUAAAGCCUUCUUAUCAAAAUACGACAAGAAGAAUCCAAAGUCCAUCCCUGCCAUCAACGUCGUCUCUGUCAACAAGGGUACUCUAAAGCCUCCAGCAGACGGAGGCUCCCUCACUGUCGAGGCCGAACUUGACCUGGAUUACUCAAUGGCUUUCACCGGUCCACUACCCGUCAGCUUUUACUCAGUAGGCGGGCAUGCACCCAAGGUCGGUCAAAAGCCCAGCACGCACAUCACGCCGGACGACAACGAACCAUAUGCCGAAUUUUUCGAGUAUGUGCUUGCUUUGAAGAACCCGCCCAAAGUCAUUUCCAUCUCUUACAACGACGACGAGAAGAAUGUUCCAAUCGCCUACGCGAGACGUGUUUGCGAUCUGUUCGCAAAGGCUGCUGCACGAGGUAUUUCCAUCGUUGGAUCUUCGGGAGAUGGAGGAGCAGCCGGCGCGGGCGGAGAUAGCACAUGCCUAGGAGUAUCGGGCAAGAAACGACUUUUCGUCCCGACCUUCCCAUCGAGCUGCCCGUGGAUGACAUCUGUGGGCGCUACCGCAGACUAUGGCGGUGUGGCAUCUUUCAGCUCUGGAGGUAUGUCAAAUGUCUUCAAACGUCCCUCCUGGCAAGACAAGGCUGUGGCUGGGUAUAUUAAAGCCUUGAAGGGAAAGCACAAGGGUUAUUACAACACCACUGGUCGUGCACAGCCAGACGUGAGUCUUCUUGGCGAUGAUUAUCUGACUCUCACUGGAGGCCAGGCCAGCAUCCACGAUGGCACGAGCGCAUCUGCGCCAGUAUUUGCAGCUAUGGUUGCUCUUAUCAACGACAUGCGCCUUCGGGAGAAGAAACCUGUCUUGGGAUUUUUGAAUCCUAUACUGUACUCGGCCAAGGCUAAUUCAGCCUUCCGGGAUGUCAAAGACGGGAGCAAUUCGGUAGGAUGCGCAGACGGGAACUUUUUUGAAACUGGUUGGGAAGCACUUGCUGGCUGGGAUGCAGCUACUGGACUAGGUGAGCCUAAUUUUGCGGAACUAGCUACUAUUUUAAAGGUGUAGUUUACAG